AUGCCGGGCGCGGGCGAGGCGAGUCAGAGGAGGGCCCAGCAGCUUUGUGUCCUGGGGGCCGCCAGCGCCCUCUACGUGCUGGCCUGGGCGGCCGCCUCGGGCAUCUUCCAGAGCGACCAGGCGCCUUCGUUCGACGUCGAGCGGUUCCUGCGCGGCGCGAACCGGCAGCUGCGAAUGAAUGACCUGGACAUGCUGCACGACUCCUCCUGGCCGUGGAGCUCGUGGGACAUCCUGCGCAACCUCGCCCGGGCGAGGUCCGGCAGGAGCUUCCUGAGCCAGCCUGCCAGGAUCGGCUGCUGCUUCGGCCGGGAGGCGCGCCAGCUGAGCAUCCCCGCGAGCUGGCCGCCGGUGGGCGCCGGCCAGGCCGCGGCGGAGGCGGCGUCGCGGCUGGCGCCAGGGCCAGCGGUGUUCUGGACCUCCAUGCACUUCGUAGCCUUCCUGGACCCGCUGGCGGUGCUGCGGGAGGCUCCGACGUGGCUGGGCCAGCCCGUGACCAUCAAGAGCCACUGCCUCACCAGCCCCACGUACUGCGGCUUCGCGCCCGGCAGCGCCGGCGGCCUCUGCUCCUCGGACGAGCGCUUCCGGCGCCUCAUGCACUACGAGCAGCUGGACAAGCACGUCGGGCGGCAGUGGGGUGGCGUGCAGGCCUUCAACGAGGACCGGUUCGAGGAAGCGCGGCGGCAGUUCCGCGCCGAGCUCUGGCCAGAGCUGCGCAGGGAGGGCGUGGCGCUCUUCAUGUGCGGGCACCCGCUGUUCUGGUGCCGCCUCUUCGAGGGCCUGGGCGACGCUGGGGUGCUGGGCCUCAUCGACGAGCCCCACACGCUGUUCCUCCCGAGCUCGCUCCACGACUCCUGGACCUCGCAGCUGCGCGAGCUCUUCGCGGCCCCGCGCUGGCUGCUGGUGGCGUGGGCGCCCUUCCACGCGCUGCAGACGAGGUGGGCCCUCGGCAUCCGCGUGGCCUACGUGCGGGCCAUGGCCCUGCACGAGCCGGCCGUCGGAGCGUAUGCGCCAGAGACGAGGCCGCAGGAGGUGCUGGUGGCGCCCAUCCCGCAGCGGCCGGUGGUGCACCUGCUGCUGCACGCCGCGUCGCUGGUGCAGCCCAGGGACGCCGGCGGGGCGAUCCAUCUCCGGCGCUGGCCGCAGGAUCUCGAGUGCGGGGCACGCUGCCCGAAGGCGCUGCUGGCGGGCUUCCGGUGCGCGGUGCUCUGGCCGUACGACGUGUUCACCAUGAAGUUGGCCGAGCUGUACGCCGUGGGUUUGCCGCUGUUCGUUCAGGGAGAUUUUUAG